CUUCACGAUCCCCCCCACAGCCAGUAACAUCCCCAGUAGCACAUCCGAAAUAGCAUCACAAAGAGCCUCCUGGGCGCUUACAACCCCAGAUCUGCUCUUCGAUGGGUCCAGGCGGGGUUAUGAGGCUUCUAUUUCGAUAUCUACUUAGGAUGAGACCGCCCACAGGUAAGGAUGUUGACGCUCACUCACAAAGGCUAUUCGAGGUUCGGCGUCAACAGCUUGAUCUCCUGAAGCUUCCCCGCCUUGACUUAUUGUUUGUAUAACACUACUGAGGAUCUCAAAUCUCCACCUCAUGGUCACCAUACUAAACCUUUCUCUCCAUCACAUAUGUUAUUGUGACCUUGCAACGGACAGUCGAACGUCCAUCGGAUCGUCUUCCUCGACAUUUUGAGCUGUGUCAACAUGCCCUCUCUCACUACCACCAUCACCAAGGCCCGCAUUUCUUCUCCUCUCGAAGCGGGUCAUUCUCUCCUCGAUGCUAAACAACUCCCACCUCAACUCACAGCAGCUUUGGACUACGUGUCCAGCCGCUUGGCUCGAAAGCGACUUCAUCUGUCCCUCAUCGUUAUCCGCAAGGAUGUGCAAAUUCCACAAUCACCAGUUACAUCCCCCCAAGCAUCGCCAAAGCGACCCGAGUCUCCAGGUCACUCUAUCACAACAUCUCCGGCAAAGUCUCUCUUCGGUGGAUCAGCAUUCGCGCGAACACCAAGCAAGAGUUCUCUAUCGUCCAUGUCAGAUUCUGGCUCUUCAACGUCAGGAUCUUCCUCCACAAGCUCCUCUUCUCUCUCGAGAACGAAUUGGCCUAGUCUUCCUGCUUCACCAGCAGAUCGCAGCGCCUCGCCUCCAUCUACAACAGCUCAGCCAGCUACUCCAACAACACCAAACCCAUACGGCAUUACAUUGAUGCACGCGAGCACUCUAACACCAAAGGCUGAGAAGAAUCUCCGCCACACUAUCGCGAAAGCCGAGAAGAAAUUCCCUAUUGGAUCAGGCUGGCUCUCCCCCGCCCCACUCACAACAUCCACCACCUGUCCUCUGACCACCAACCUAAUCCACCGCUCUCUCACCCAAAACGAAGUGAUCUUCUCCUCCGAAGGUCUGACCCUUCUCUCCCUCGAUCACGUCUACACCUUCAAGUGCCACCUCCACACCUAUUCCCGCACCCUAACACCAAACGAUCUCACCCUUGCAGUUGACGAGCUCCGCCGUCUCGUGCUCGCCCAGAACGGCAAACGCAUUACCAAGGGCUACCUCAUGCGCGCCUACGAAUGGCUCGGUGUCAGUCUUGCUGCACUCGUCGACGUCAACGAAGGCUACAAAGUCGCCUAUGGCGGCAAAGAGCGCUUCGGAGGCAUCGAUGUCCAGAAUGAGGAGCGUAAAAGCCCGCCUCCUCUCAAGACAAACUUUGCUGCUGGUGAAGUUGGCGGAAUGAGGAAGAUGAAGCUCAGUCUGAGCGUGAACUUUGCUCCAGCGUCUGAAGUUGGGAGCUCCAGAGAGAGUACGUGUGAGAGUACGUGUAGCGAGGAUGAAGCGAAGACUUUGGUUUCAGUGAAUGUUGGGGAGAGUGCGAAGGGUAUUGACAAAGGUGUUGAGGAGUUGAGAGAGGAUAGAGGGCCACAUAGGCGAGGGCCGAUGACGCCGAAUGGGUUUGAAGAUAUCACUCCUGUCACUAAGGGCGAAUGGUGCUUCUUGAUGGUAGGAGAAGGGUGGAAGGAGGCGAAAACCGCACCAGUCGAGACUUGUUGAAUUGCCAUUCCCUUGGGGAGCAGCUUGAUUCGAGCGUUUUUUAUUCUUUGGUUCUUCACUUUUUCACCUGACCAAUCUGAGAGCAAGAGCUGCGAUUAGAUCCGGUAUAUUCAGCAUUAGCAUAGGCGUUAUCAUUACAUAUACAAUACAGUAUCAUUGGACCAUACAGAGUCA